ACGAGCCUGUCCCACGUUGUGCGCCAGCAGGAGUUUGACCGUCCUCUGCUGCAUGCUAAUCUGUUUAUACGCUUCUCCAGACGACAUGAAGCGAAUAUAACAAUAAUAAAGUGAGUGUGACAACUUCUCUACAGCCGGAGUUCCUAUCAGCUUUCUAAGUUUGUUCGGAAGAUGUCAGUGAAGCGCUGUGUGCCUUUGUUGUGCCGGCUGCGACGCCACAUUAGCUGUCGUGUGUCUGCGGUGUCGGGCUUCAAACAUCACAGCAGAAAUCACUCUGAAAACGGCUCUUCGAUCAGACCACCGGACACUUCGCUUUUUAUGCCCGUCACCUUGAAGACAAAUUCGUCUGCAGACAGCGGUGUGGGCGCAGAGCUGAGCCAGGCGCUGGAUAAAAAUGAACUACUAAAGAUUGUAAAUCGGUUUUACAAGAGGAAAGAGAUGCAGAAGCUGGGAGGAGAGCAUGGUCUCGACGCUCGGCUCUUCCACCAGGCUUUUAUUAGCUUCAGAAAUUUUGUUCUGGAAGUAGAAUCACUUCCAGCUGAGCUUCACGUCAUCCUCAGUGACAUCUGCUGUGGAGCAGGCCAUGUUGAUGACAUCUUCCCAUAUUUCAUGCAUCAUGCUAAGCAAAUCUUUCCAAUGCUGGACUGUAUGGAUGACCUGAGAAAGCUCUCUGACCUCAGAGUUCCUGCCAACUGGUAUCCUGAAGCUCGUGCCAUUCAGAGGAAGGUGAUAUUCCAUGCUGGUCCCACCAACAGUGGAAAAACGUACCACGCCAUCCAGCGCUACCUGGCUGCUAAGUCAGGGAUCUACUGUGGUCCUCUGAAGCUUCUGGCACAUGAAAUCUUUGACAAGAGCAACAGUGCUGGUGUACCAUGUGACUUGGUAACUGGAGAGGAGAGAACCUUCGUGGACCCAGAGGGUCGCGCAGCUGAUCACGUGGCCUGUACCAUCGAGAUGUGCAGCGUCACCACGCCUUAUGAGGUGGCUGUAAUCGAUGAGAUUCAAAUGAUCAAAGAUCCUGCCAGAGGUUGGGCCUGGACCAGAGCACUGUUAGGUCUCUGUGCAGAGGAGAUCCAUGUGUGUGGGGAACCUGCAGCCAUAGCCUUCAUAACAGAACUGAUGUACACCACAGGAGAGGAGGUGGAGGUCCAUAAUUAUGAGCGAUUAACUCCAUUCACCAUCUUGGAUCAUGCUUUGGAGUCGUUGGACAACUUGAGACCAGGGGACUGUAUUGUCUGCUUCAAUAAAAAUGACAUUUACUCCAUAAGCAGACAGAUUGAGGCAAGAGGUCAAGAAUGUGCCGUCAUUUAUGGGAGUUUACCUCCAGGCACCAAGUUGUCCCAGUCCAAAAAGUUCAAUGACCCUGAUGACCCAUGCAAGAUUCUUGUUGCUACAGAUGCUAUUGGCAUGGGCCUCAACCUGAGUAUAAAACGUAUAAUCUUUAACUCCCUACUAAAGCCAAUUAUUAAUGAAAAAGGGGAGAAACAGAUGGACACCAUCAGCACAUCGCAGGCUCUGCAGAUAGCCGGUCGCGCUGGGAGGUUCUCCUCCAAGUUUAAAGAGGGAGAGGUUACCACCAUGCACAGAGACGAUCUGCCGAAGCUGAAGGAAAUACUGAGCCACACGGUCGACCCCAUAGAGAGUGCAGGACUCCAUCCUACUGCAGAACAGAUAGAGAUGUUUGCUUAUCACCUUCCUGAUGCGACACUGUCCAAUCUUGUUGACAUAUUUGUCAGUCUCUCUCAGGUGGAUGGUCUGUAUUUUGUCUGCAACAUUGAUGACUUCAAGUUCUUGGCUGAUAUGAUUCAGCAUAUUCCACUGAACCUGAAGUCGCGCUACGUCUUCUGCACUGCUCCCAUCAACAGGAAGCAGCCCUUUGUUUGCACAUCCUUCCUAAAGUUUGCCCGUCAGUUUAGCAGAGAUGAACCCCUGACAUUUGAUUGGGUAUGUCGCCAUGUUGGCUGGCCUCUGGCUCCACCCAAAAAUAUAAAAGACCUGGUUCACCUGGAGGCUGUUCAUGAUGUGUUUGAUCUUUACCUCUGGUUAAGUUACCGGUUCAUGGACAUGUUUCCGGACACGACCGCAAUUCGAGAAAUUCAAAAAGAACUGGAUGACAUCAUCCAGCAGGGUGUGCGAAAUAUCACACGCCUCAUCCGAGCCACUGACACGACCAGCGCUAACCCAGUACAGCCACAGAACAGUGGGCAUGGCCAAAACCACUCUGCUGAAAAGAGUGGGGGUGACACCAAUCAGUCCCCCAGCAGCAGCAGCAGAGGAGGAAGAAGAGGCAAACAGGCGGCAGCCAGUUCUCUCACAGGUCGCCUGCUGAGAGACGGGCUGCUGACGCCUGACCUGCUCCGGCAGCUGCAGAGCGAGUGGUCAAAAGAGCAGAAGCAGGAACUUGGCAGUCAGCACGCACCUAACGCAGAACACCACAGUAGGAAAAACGCAAAGAGAAGAUGAACAAGGAGAUCAUACUGUUGGCUGUAAUUACUGUUCCCAUGGAAACCAGCAAGAGGACUUUGAGUCAGUCUGAUGGAAACCUUUGAUAGCAUCUGGUAUUUUGUAAUAAAACUUUUGAAGGAGAUAAAUAGGAUUAACUUGUAUAUUCUCAGCAUGAUGUUGACCAAAAUGUCCUGUGUACUCCAGCUAUUAAAAAAAAAAAAUAAAAGAUUUAUAUGAAAU